CUCACUAAACAUUUUACAAGCUGAGAGACUGUCGUCGUGUGAGGCCACUGCCACUCAUUUAAAAAAAAACUGUCAUUUUUGCGCGGCAACAAAUUUUGAAUUGACAGACGUGUUUUUCUGCGAUUCCCGCCUAAUCUUUUGAUUAAUUUGAGUGUGGUGCUUGUGUCAGGGUCAGGAUUUCGUGGCUAGUGCGACGGCCUGUUGGACGGUGUGGGACGUGUUGUGUGUGAUGUACUCUGCCGCUCUAAGUUCCGAGAGUGCAGCAUGAGGGGCAGCAUCUGUCAGAUCUUGCUGUUGGCGCAUGUCGCCUACGCAAUUACCGGACCAAGGAUAGAAAAUGAUUUCGAACGAAGCAGGCAACCUCAGGCGGACCAUCCGGGCUUCAACGAACAUCAAACGAGAUUCGGCAUCAACUCACCGCUUCAGAACUUCCAGCAACAACCCUUACUCACCAGUCCUCCGCCGCAGACUAUACAAUUCCAAAAAUCUAUUUUUCAACAACAACAGCAUCAACAGUCACAGCAACAUAAUCCUUUGCCUCAAAAUCAACAGGCGUAUGUCCAACAAUUUGGAAAUAUAGUACCCUCCCAAGGUAUUCCAAGUAAUAUUCCAAUCGGUAACAGCCACAGCUUACAGUUCGGACAAUCUCCUAAUGGUAACCCAAAUCUAAACAAUUUUCAACAGCAAAACCUGAGACAAAUAUCUCAACAAAAUAUUCUUCCACAAUCUAUACCAACUCUCGCUUCGUUCCAAAGCGGCCUGCCCUUGGGGCAAAAUGUACCUGUUUUCAAUUCAAAUCCCAAUAUUCAAGGCAACGGACUCAAUAUCGCACAACAAAGACCAACGCAGCCUGCUUUUCUUCCAACCCCAUCGUCGUCACCAAAUCAACCAAUUUUCGGUCAGCCUAAUCCAAUUACAAUCCAGACCGCUCCGAACCUUGCUCCCCAAAACUUUAAUUUUGAAAAUUCACAACUACCCUUCCAGUCACAAUUGAAUCAAGCGCCAUUAUUUUCAAACGGCCAAACUACUUCUCAGCUUCAAAAUUAUUACGAACAACAAUCAAAAGAAAAUUUAGAGAAACUCAAAGAACUUCAAGAAAGACAAAGAAUUAUUCAAAAGCAUCAAGAGUUUGUAGAGAAACAACAACAAAAAGAACAACAGAAAGUUGAGAAGUUGCACGAGGAAUUUCUUACGAAACAAGCAACUAAAACAGUACCUACACUAGCAACUACUGAAAGUUAUGAUAAUUUCUUUAACCAAAAUCAAGAAAGACACAGGCCACUACUCCCCCACGAGACUGAUUUGUUUAGGAAAGCGCUUGAGCUAUAUGAAAAAGAACAUCCAACUACUACGACAUCUACGACAACAACCUCUACUACAACCACGACAACAGCUCGUCCGCCGCCCAGGUACAGAUCGAGGACGACCUCAAGACCAAGAAGUCCACCCCAAGAUCGGAAUAAACAAAAGCUUUAUAAUGAAAUAAAGAAUUUGCUUGAAGAGAGUGAGACCAAAGGUUUUGAUGAGAAUUUACGCGCGAAGAGCGUUGAGUUACUUCAAAAGCCGGAUAUUCUGAAACAACUGAAAGUAGCAUUAGCUGAAAAUCCAGAAGACUUUAAUGAGAAAAACUUUACUUCUCGCGAAAUAUCUCUAAAUGGACAAAAGUUUGAAGUAAUAAGAACAUCUAACCCUAACUUGAUUCCGAGGGGAGCAAUUACAGCUGAUAGUUCAAAUAUAGCUAAAACUAUAGCCGCGACCCAGGAUACUGAAACUCAAAAUCCAUUAUCAUUCGAUGACCUUACUAAGGGCGUUUUACCGCCUGGUGCAAAUUACGAACUUAUCAAACAAUCAGAUAAUGGAAAACUCGAAGAAGUUUCCAACAUUCAGAAUUCCAUACAAGGGAAAAAGAAGGUUACAUUUGUAUUCCUCGAAGAACAAGACGAUGGCUCGUACAAAGUGAAAGGCGUCAAAGCAAACGGUCAACAAACUGAAGAAGGUCCUGAAGUGGAAAGCAUUAUUAACAAAAUAAAGAAGGGUGAAAUACAAUUACCUGGGCCUACAAAAAUUUCCAACGCAGCAUUCACAUCGACAACUACACCUCCCCCAAUUCCUACCACUGAAUACACAGAAGAACCGUCAAGGAGUCCCUCGAGUUAUAGUAGUUUUAUAACAACAUCUAAUUACGGAACUUCGGGGCAUACCAAUCCAGUUGUCCACACUACACAAGCACCCGUCACAUACAGGGAUACCGAAGCACCAAUAAGGACAACCCAACAUCCGACACAAUCAUAUCCUUCUUUGCCUCCACGAACGACCACGGAAAGAUUCCCAGUGAGGUCUUCCACUCCUCGUUACAUAUUAAAUAGAAGCAAUAACCAAGACUUAACACCAAGAGCAUCUUUCUCUAGUAGUACAAUUUUCAAUAGCACACCAGCUUACCGAACUACGACUGAUCCCUUGGUGGUUAUAGGAAGUAGUACGACUGCUCCAACUGUUGAAGAAGCAAAAUCAUUCCCGGCAUAUAACACUAAUCCCAGUAACAUUAAUCCCGGGCUCGUAGAAAUACUUAAGGAGAAUGGACUCUUCGCGACAGCCAAAUAUUUGAGACAAUCCGGUCUGGAUACGAUUUUGAAUGAAACCGGACCGUACACUAUCUUCGCUCCGACAGACAAAGCAUUUAGGACAUUGCUAGUACAACUUGGUGGCCCGGAUCGAGCUGAAGAGAAAUUCAGGGAUAACCCGAGAUUGCUGAGUGGGCUUCUCUUACAUCAUGUCAUCCCAGGAGCUUUUGACAUUGCAUCGUUACAAGAUGAGAUGACAGGCGUCUCACUAGCAGGCACGCAGCUGCGGGUCAAUCAGUACGACAUGCAUGAUGUAGAGUGGAAUGAAGUCCGCGUCACCACUAUCAACGGCGCUAGAGUACUUGACGAUAAGAAAGACAUUAAUAUACCACAGGGUAUAGCGCACGCCGUAGACCGGGUGAUGUUCCCGCUGCCGGUGGGCGACCUGGUGCAGACGCUGCAGGCUGACAGAGACCGCCGCUUCACAAUCUUCCUCAAGGCGGUGCAGGCCAGCGGCUUUGCGGAUACGCUGUCAGAAAGCAAAACCUACACCGUAUUUGCGCCAACGGACACAGCGUUCGGUCGUCUGACGCCCAGCGAGCUGUCUCGGUUCGCGGAGAAGGGCGCGGCGCGAGCACUGGUCGCUCGACACGUGCUGCCUGGCACGCUGUACAGCGCCGGCAUGCGGUAUUACCAGCUGCGCAAUUCCAUGGAAGACGCCAAGCCCCUCACGUUACAGAAGAACUCAGGUCGUAUCAAAGUGAACAACGCUCAAGUGAUCACACACAACAUCCCGGCCACCAACGGAGUGAUCCACGCAAUUGACAACAUAUUGUGAACACAGCACCUGUCAAAAUUACCCGCCAAUUUAGCUUCAGUGAAGCUCAGACGUCAUCUUGGAAUUAACUUUUUAAUUUCGCGGCUUCGCUGACUGCCUUUGUACAGCCACUUACGUUUUGUCUACGAAAAUUAUUUUAAGACUGUAAAUAUAAAAUUAGGCUAAGAUAAU